CCGUCUGCCGGUCGCCGCUGCACCUCCCCGCAGAUCGCUGCACCCCAGCCGCUCCCUGCUCUUCCACCAGCGCCGCCAGCGAGCUGCUCCGUUUGCGCCGCCGGCGAUUUAGGCCUGGACUAGUUGAACCGGACGAGACGAACCAGAGGAACCAAAUCGCUCGCUCGUUUCGCUCCCUUGGCGGCGACGUGCAGAGGCGGCGGAAGUGACCUCAUCCCGUCGAGCGCCGGGCCGAUCUUCCCUCCUCGCGGUAUCUUCUCCGCGCCGCCGUCCGUCCGACCGUUCCGCAAGCCGCGCUUCAGCGGGGAUGCAGAGGCCGGGAGAUUUCAAGCUUCCCCCCUUCUUCAACUACCCGCCCUACUUCACUUUGCAGCCUGUGAGGGAAACACGUGAAAAGCAAGUGCAGCUAUGGAAAGAUCUGAUACUUGAUUACUGUAAAAGUCAUAAGAUGUAUAUAAUCUCCUUGGAAGAAGAUUUUCCGUUGUUCUCCAAUCCAAAUAUUGAGAGGUCUCUAAGCUAUGAAGCAAAGGAAGUGUUCCUUGCAGCUCUUGUUAGUGAAGGGCGUGCUGAAUGGAUUGACAAAAGUCACAAGAAGUGUCUCAUUCUUUGGCUGCGGAUUCAAGAUUGGGCCAACUACAUAUUUGACUUUGUGAGGGAAAAUGGGUUGGAAGUAACAACAAUUGAAGAUAUACGAUCUGGAAUUGAAACACAUGGAACCGAACUUGCGGGGAUCGAUCGUGGUGUCCUCAUGCGAGCUUUGAAGCUGCUGGAACAAAAGGGAAAGGCAACUAUCUUCAAGGGCACUUCAGCGGACGAUGAAGGCGUCAAAUUUUCGGCUUAAAAAACAUUGUGCAACCCCAACGAACAGAUGAUUAAUCUUGAUCGGUGUCCUUGAACUCUAUGCGUCCCUUUUUACCUGAGUAUUUGUCGGCAUAUUUCUCAGUAUAUUAGGGCUUGUUUGAAAUGGAGGGAAUUCAAAAAUAGCUACAGUGGUUUCAUUUGUGGAAGAAAGGAAUAAACUCCUGGAAAUUCAUUAUAGUUUCUUG